AUGGGCAAAUCGUCCAAAGACAAGCGGGAUGCAUACUAUCGCCUGGCCAAAGAGCAAGGAUGGCGCGCCCGUUCUGCUUUCAAGCUCUUGCAGCUCGACGAAGAAUUCGACCUCUUCACGGGAGUCACACGGGUGGUCGAUCUAUGUGCAGCGCCCGGCAGCUGGUCACAGGUACUCUCGAGAAUUCUGAUCAAGGGCGAGAAGAUCGGAAGGGCGAGUUGGGAAGACAAGCGCCACCGGGAACUCCUCCGCCAACAGGACGAUGCAUCAAAUGACGACGAAACGCCAGCGUCGAUUGAUCCGCCUGCAACCGAAGGUUCAAGGACGGGCAUCAAGAUCGUGGCAAUUGACCUGCAGCCAAUGUCUCCUUUGGAAGGCAUCACGUGUCUCAAGGCCGACAUCACCCAUCCAUCUACCAUUCCAUUGUUACUGAAAGCGCUGGACCCAGAGAGCGCGGCUACUUCUACCGAGGCCUCCCAUCCAGUAGACCUUGUCAUAUCGGAUGGAGCGCCCGAUGUAACAGGUUUGCAUGAUCUCGACAUCUACGUGCAGUCCCAGCUGCUUUGGGCUGCUCUCAACCUGGCCCUCUGCGUAUUGAAGCCAGGCGGCAAGUUCGUUGCGAAGAUAUUCCGGGGUAAGGAUGUCGACAUACUCUACUCGCAACUCAAAACUGUUUUCGAGGGUGUCACAGUUGCCAAGCCGAGAAGCAGCAGAGCUAGUUCUGUGGAGGCCUUCAUUGUUUGCACGAAUUUCCGGCCACCAAAGGGGUUCAAGGCAAGUCUACAGGAUCCACUACAACGUCUGGAGUCUACAGUCCCUAGCGAAUCUGCGGGCCGCAAAGUCCGAGAGGAUGGUGUGACGGGAAUCACACUUGAGCCUGUUGACGGUGAGGCCAAUAGAUGGAUUGCCCCCUUCCUCGCGUGUGGCGACUUGAGUGCUUUCGAUGCGGAUGCUAGCCACAAGCUUCCGGAAGGGCAUGUGAGUUUAGAUCCCGUGCAGCCACCAACUGCGCCGCCGUAUCGGAGGGCACUGGAAGAGCGCAAGAAGAUGGGCGGGGCCUAUGGAAAGACCAGACUUGGCGACGCUAGUGUUGAAUAA